UGCAUGUAAUAUACUCCUGUCGGGCAUCACAAACAACCAACAACCACAGUCCCGUCGCACUCAUAAAGUCUCCCUUUCCCACACUACACGCGGCGUCCACCACUGUCGACUGGAGCGACUUCGCCACAUUACACUGCAAACACUCGACAUCUGACUGCACAAGAAGACCUUACCACACAACACAAAACCUCGCGAGCAAUCCAUAAUAUUCACGAGACACUGUCUCAGUUCCUUCCACUACUAAAGUCCUCAACCCAAACCACCAUCAAUAUGGGUCGACAAGAGAGAAAGGCGGAAUGCUACUACCAGUCCGAGGGCGGUCCAUCAUCCGCAUACUCCACAGUCGGAUCGAACUCGGAGGGCAGCCCCACCACCAAAAAGAGGACUGUCGUGCUCCAUCAAGCCAGCGGCACUGUUUCCAGCGACGAGAAGCGUCCUCCGCCUGCCUCGCAUCGGAAGUAGAAGAACCUCAACAGCAAAAAGAUUUAUUUUCAUGUAGCAUAUGGGUCACGGUGUUCGCUGGGUGGGUGAUCAUUUGAAUCUUACGGAAUGAGACAGGGGAACAGUCUGCCGCAACAGGGAAUGGGAUUCUUGGAGUUCAGGACAGGCGAAUGCGGGCAUCAAUGAACGCACGAAAGAAUAUUAGACGCGGAUAAGACGACGAUACCCAACCCCUACACCGCGAGGGCAUGUAACACAAAGCAACAAAUGAAUGUAACUGCUUUGCUCUUC